AUGUACAGCCUGCAGCAUGUCCAACAGCAGCAGCAGCAACAGCAGCAGCAGCAGCAGCAGCUGCUGGCGCCUUUCGAGUCCAUGACUCUGCAGGGAACAUCUUCGCAGGGGCAGGAGGUCUUCGACAGCCUGACAGGCCAUGUCCAGGGAGCCUUUGCAGCGCAGGGCAUGGCUGGCCAGCCCGUGCAGCAGGGCAUCCUGGAGGGGAUCGCCAGGCAGCAGCGUGUGGCGAGCUACAACAACCUGCUUGCACAGGCCCAGGCCCAGGCGCAUGCUCAGGCUCAGGCUCAGGUGGAUCAUGAGCAGCGGCUGUUAGAUGGCUAUGCGGCUGAGAGCGCACAGCGAGCCCAUGCUGCUGCAGGGUUGAUGAACAGCCUACACGCGGCCCCGCAGCAUCUCGGGAUGGACUCUGCUUCCGCGCAGCACAAUGCAGCGCUGCUCGCCAGCCUGCACGACGUGGCACAGCACCGGGCCACACCUGGGUUGGACACCUCAGGCCAGCAUGGGGUGCUGACAAACGGGCUGCAGCAGCGCGGCAGCAUCAGCCUGGAGAGCCUGGCGUCGCAGCACUCUGGCCAGGGGAGCAUGCUGGGGGCGAUCCCGCACCCUGUGCCCGUGCGCAUGCCCAGCGGCGUGUCAGCCAAUGGCUCCAUGGCCGCCCUCAGCGAGCUCAGCGAGCAGCAGGAGCCCUCCCUGGUCAACCAGGAGCCGCUGCUUGACGCUGCCCGUGCCACAGGGUUCAUGAAGCCGCCGUCGCUCCCCCAGCACCUGGGCCCUGCGGACGUGUGCAGCCCGCCCUUCAGCCCUCCCAAGAGCGCGGUCUUGACGGCUCAGCGCUCUAUUGAUGCGGCCGGCCUCUCCCUGUCGAAGUCCCACACUCCCGAGUCGGAGGGUGUCGUUUCGAGCGCCACAGCGGAGAAAAUGCGGCGGGAGGUGGCGCGACUGGCACAGGAGACGGAGCGCUUAGAGAAAGAGGUGUCCCGACAGAAAGCGCUCAGGGAGGGGGAGCGUGUAGAGUUUGCUGAGGCCAAGGAGCGCUUGAAGGCCAGCUGGGCUGUGGACCGGGACGACUUCGCGCGCGUGAAGGAACAGCUCAAGAAGAAGAACGCCGAGCACCACGUCCAGAACGGGCGCCUCAGCCAGUCCCUCAAGGAGUCUGAAGCGAGCUGCCGGAUGCUGCGAGAGUUGUGCCUGCGCAGCGGCGUGCUGGUUCCGCCGGAGCUGAUGCAGAGCAGCUCCUCGCUUGCCAACAGUGUCUCGUUGCAGACCUCGCUGUCCACGGAGGUUGCCGCUGUGACAUCCAAGGCCAUGGAAGCAGUCAACGAGUCCCCACCAACGAGCUCGCCGCUGCCCCCACUGCCGCCCUCGGCCAGCCAGCUCUCUGCAACGGCGCCCCCACAAGCGGCGGCGCCGGCCGCCGCCACCCCGGAGGUGCCGGCCCCCGCGCCGGCAGUGCCCGCUGUAGUUACCGGCCUGCCCGUGCCUGCGGUGGCUGUCGUGUCGGCUGCCCCUCCGGCCGCGACCACCGCCGCGGCAACGGCGAUGGCGGCUGCCGUGAUGCAGCAGCUGGAGAGUGUCACGACUGCGGUCAACAGCACCGCGGAGGCCGGCGCGCCGGCCGAGCGCGGCGAGCGCUCCACGGAGCAGAACGUGACCGCGGCUACCGCCGCGGCCAACGCCGCUGCCGCGCUCGGCCAGCUGGCGGCAGCCCUGGCCGGCCAGGCUCCCCCGGAGCUGCCUGCGGCCGUUGUUGUGCCACCCGUCCUGGCCACCCCUGCUGUGCAGCCGGAGCCUGCCAAGGCUGCUGCGACGCCUGCGGCGGAGGCUGGGGUGACGUCUUCGGAGGAGGGCUCUGGAGAGAUAUCAGCGCCCAGCACAGUUGAUAGCAGCACUGAGGCAAGCAAGGACCAGGAGUGA